UCUGGCUGUUUUUCUGUGUGUUUUCUUAUCUUACACAUUAAAAGAAGUUUUUUUUUGUGGUUUGCUGGUAGUUGACAUACCAGCACACAGAAUAGUAGACCUGCCACCAGGACAACUAAAGCCUCUCGCUGCUUUCUCAGGAUAUGAAAGAGACCACCAGUGACAUCAGAGAGACUGAACUAGGCUAAUGAAAUCUCCAGAUGCCAGCCUUCACCACAGCCACUUUGAUUAGUCAGGUUUGUUCUGUUAAUGGGCUGUGACAUGUUUCGUACCUGUAAGAUUGUGCGUGUCAUGCUUAAAUGUGACGAUAUGUCAAGUCAUAUCUUUAUCCUAAUGAAAUGAUCAGAUUGGGAGCAGCUAGUGAAGACAGCUUUUUUGCCCUUAUCUGUGUUGUUGUCAUUGCUGAGCUUCUGUGAACCAAGAGCACGAUCCUUUCAGUCCUUGUCGUGGGAAAGACUGAAAGACUGAAAUUACAUCGCUCUCAUGGUGGACUAUUUUGAGCUCCCAAAGAGAGUGGCAGAGGGCAGGCGGCAGGUUCUAGUGACUCGUCCAUACUUAGAGCAAGAGAACCCCUCUUGUCCCUCCAGCCUUCAACUUUUUACUGCUCAAACACUUUGCGAUCUUAAGGAGGAGAGAAGUGGAAGAAUGCUGUGUGCCACAAUGUCAGAUCUGGAGCCUGAUGACAACACAUCAUUUUAUAUCUUGAAUGUGGGCCAGCCCCAGUCUGUGGUCACUAACCACCAGUCUAUGAGCUUGCCUCGCCAUGGCAUGCCAUCUCACUCCCCGAUCAUCAACACUUCACGCCUUCAGACACAAAAACCAGGAUCUGAGCCCCCAAGCUAUGAUACACAAGACUCUAAGUAUGGUACCUCCCCCAUGCUGCCUUCUGCUCCUGUGGAGGCACCAAAGGCCUUUGAGUGCCCAAGUAUCCAGAUCACAUCUAUCUCCCCAAGCUGCCCGCAGGAGAUGGAUACUAACCAGGAGGAUCUAAGGGCCAAUGGCCCUGAUGGGGACUACCAUAGUGACAGGCCCUUGUCCAGGGACCACCUGUAUUUGCCACUGGAUCACUCCUACCGGGAUUCUUCUCUCAGCCCUAGUCCAUGCAGCAGCCUCUCAUCUAGGAGCUGGUUCUCUGAUGCCUCCUCUUGUGAAUCAUUUUCACAUGUCUAUGAUGAUGUUGACUCAGAGCUGAAUGAAGCAGCAGCCCGCUUUAACCUGGGCUCCCCUCUCACUUCCCCAGGCUGUCCCUCUCCUCAAACUGGUGGAGGUGGAGUUAUGGAGGAGCAGCCCCACUGGCAGCACCACCAGCCCACAUUUGUGCACCAGUCCCACUCCAUCAGCUUGUCUCCUAGACAGUCGCCCUGCCACUCGCCGCGCACCAGUGUCACUGAUGAGAACUGGCUCAGCCCACGUCCACCUUCCAGGCCUUCCUCACGUCCCACCUCACCCUGUGGGAAGAGGCGUCACUCUAGCGCUGAUAUUUGCUAUCCUGGCUCUUUAUCUCCCCAUCACUCACCCACACCCACGCCGGGACCUUCACCUAGGGGCAGCGUGACAGAGGACACUUGGGUUGGCAGUCCUUCUGUAGGCAUGUCACCAUUUCAGUGCUGCCCAUCAGAGGCAGACAUCCCUUCCAAGACCAGAAAGACCUCACAGGACAGAACAACUAUGCAGACCGGGAAAGGGGAACUGGGACUAGAUGACCAGGGAAAUAUGUCUCCUAAUCUAGACUCCCCUUCAGACGAGGCCUUGCACAGCUUGAAGAAGGAUGGGCCUGCUGAACAGUUCCUCUCGGUGCCCUCGCACUUCUCAUGGAAUAAACCCAAGCCUGGUCAUACACCUAUAUUCAGGACCUCUUCACUGCCUCCUCUAGAUUGGCCGCUGCCAAGCCAGUUUGGCCAGUAUGAACUGAAGAUAGAGGUACAACCCAAAGCCCACCACAGAGCACACUAUGAGACUGAAGGCAGCCGAGGGGCCAUCAAAGCAGCAUCCGGUGGCCAUCCAGUUGUAAAGCUAAUUGGCUACAAUGAGAAGCCCAUCAACCUGCAGAUGUUCAUUGGAACAGCAGAUGACCGUUACUUGAGGCCGCACGCCUUCUACCAGGUGCACCGGAUCACUGGGAAAACCGUAGCCACAGCCAGCCAAGAAAUUAUGGUCUCAAGCACCAAAGUUCUCGAAAUUCCUCUCCUCCCUGAAAACAACAUGUCAGCCAGUAUCGACUGUGCUGGCAUACUUAAGUUGCGGAACUCAGACAUUGAGCUGCGGAAGGGGGAGACGGAUAUCGGAAGAAAGAACACACGGGUCCGCGUGGUGUUCAGAGUGCACAUCCCUCAACCCAAUGGGAAGGUGCUGUCGCUGCAGGCUGCCUCCAUUCCUGUGGAGUGUUCCCAGCGGUCAGCUCAGGAACUACCCCAGGUGGAGAAAUCCAGCCUGACCAGCUGUCUGGUCAGCGGGGGAGAAGAGAUGGUCAUCACUGGUGCCAACUUUUUCCCAGAGUCUAAGGUCAUCUUCCUGGAGAAAGGCCCUGAUGGACGACCACAAUGGGAAGUUGAGGCAAAAAUAAUCCAUGAGAAAACUCAAGGUUCGUGCAUUGUGGUGGAGGUCCCUCCGUACCACAGUAAGAGCGUGAGCUCAGCCGUGCAGGUGCAGUUCUAUGUCUGCAAUGGCAAGCGGAAAAGGAGCCAAUCACAACGCUUCACUUACCUUUCAGUUAUGGUUAAACAGGAGCACAGAGACGAGCUGGACCUUCCUGCGGUACCUCCUAUUUCCAUGCCCCGGGCACCUGCUGGCAGUCUGGUGCGCACCCAGCUGCCUUCUCCUGAGCUGGGCCACCCAUCGGAUAACCUUCUGUCCAGCUCCCCUCAUGGCCUGGCCACGGGCUCCGGACCUGGCCUGCUACCCGUGCAGACCCCCUGCCCCUCCCUGGGCUCCCCAUCUUUCCAGCACCUGCCCCAGCUCCAGGGUCGCAUUUUGCAUCACCCCCCUGCAGACUGCCAAAUGACGUACCACCCGAACUCUGCUCCCCUUUCUGUUCCUCCUCAUUCUUCCUACCAGCCCAUGCAGCACAGUCAUGGUCACAGCCUGCCCUUCAACGGCCAGCCCAGCCUUUCUCCUCAGGGCUAUGAGAGGAUGCCAUUUCAGCAGAGCCCCAGUGCAACAUCACACCCAAUGGGCAUGGGAAUGUUGUACCCCUCCUCCCCUUGUUCCUCACCAACCGCUCCAUCCUCUUCAACAACCAACCCCAUUGAGGGUUCCCCACAGAGCCAGCAACCCCUCUUUCCUCCCUCAUGCUCACAUCUCCAAACGCUGGGAAGCUAUCACUGCUCUCCCACCCAGGUGCCCUCCCCAGGUGGACACCCCCUAACAGGGCAGCACUCCACACCACUGCAAAGGGCCAUGGGCUAUCACCCAGUUAGUCAAAGAUCAGCAUCAUGUCCCACAACGUCCAGCGCCCCUCCUCCAAGGAUGGUGCCCUCUCCCCACUCUGGGCCUUCUUCUCCUCAGCUCCACUCAUUGCCGUACCAGUCUCCCACCUCAUCUUCACCCACCUCAGGCGGCAGCCCCCUGGGGCCACUCCAACAGCAACAUUCAGGACAACUUUCUCCCCAGGCUACAAGCCCAGUCAUGACUAGCCUUUCUCCGGCAGGAGUGGGGCCUCUGGUUCAUCCUCUAAGCCCUCAGGGGCCCUUCCAAUCAGAUGGGGAGAGGCUGAGUAUUAAACAGGAGCCAGAGGACAGGGAGCCCACCUUCCGCUCCAUUGGCUUACAGGACAUCACACUGGAUGAUGUGAAUGAGAUCAUCGACAGAGACAUGUCCCAGUCCCCCAACCAGUCGUAGCUCGGCCCUUGCGCCAAUCCCCUGCAACUCGUAAAUCCUGCCACUUCCUCACCUCCAGUAUGGACCCAGGUGCCGGUCCGGGUGCUGGUCCUGAUGGAAGAAGGGGGUUGAAGAGAGACGAUUGUUGUCAACGGCUGAAUACAGUUGGGAGAGUCUGUUCCAAACCACAAGGAUUUGCAAGUUCACCAGCCUGAAGAAGACACUCGUCUGAUUUCUUUUAAAACUGUUUGUCCUGUGAAGAGAACUUGAUGCUGAACUACACAGAUUUAAAAAAAAAAGUGAGCAGGAGGAUGUUGUAGCCAUGCCAAGUUAGAGCCAGGGUAAAAACUGUCAGAGAACAAUAAGAAACCGUUAAAAAAAAACCCUUCUUUUUCUUCAGCUCUUUAAUGAUCAGGGCUGUCUGUGACCCUUCAAAGCACCCAGUCUUCCUGACCAAUCAGUUCUCACCUCUGUGAGUCUUGAGCACUCAACUUUUUUAAGUUUGUCUACAAGAGACAACUUAAUGCGCUGUCGUCGCCCUCUCACCAGCAUUGACCUUUCUUAUGAGAAUAAGAGAUGCUCAGUAGUGCACAAUCACAAUGAGCCAGAAGGCUGUGGCAGUGCUCUCAGUGUUGCCAAUUUCUCAGGCAACACUCUUAAGCACCAGGGUGCUAUAAAAUAUUCAGGGUUAAUUGAACAUCAGCAAAAGUGUGGCAGAACAAUUAAGAGGUGAAAUUGGCUUAAUAAUGAUCAGAACACCCAUAAUUAUUUCAGAAAAAGCUUUGCUAGCCAAGCUUUGCUGUCAGGCUGAGUGAGUAAAAUUUGCUGUAAUGAUGAUGUCCACUCUUUUUUUCCCCUUCUUUUCCCUCCUGUAAAUGAUGAAAAUAUUCAGAUUUAGAGGAGCGGGGUCCUGGCAGGUAGAACGAGCUCUUGUGGCACCGGUCUCUUUCGGAUCUGCAACAUUCCACAACUUUUUGUAAUCUUGCAGCCGUGUAGAUAUCUGUACAUUAAUUCCCAUACACCACCAUACCCUAGCUUUUCUUCUCCUUUCUCCUCUGUUUCUUUGCCUUCUUCACAUUGAACAAAUGCCUUAUUACCAGUUAGGAGCUUUCAGUGGUGGCGAAAGCUUUUUGUUUUUGUUGUUUUGCACAGCAGGCUUUAAGUUUAACUGUUUCAGAAACUGAUAUGGGGCUCGGAUUAUGCGGAUGUGAUUUCAGGAAUCCCGAUGAGGGAGAGUUGGAAGAUGCAUGAAGACGCAGAUUAUUUUGGUGUUCGAGAGAAGUUUUUUCAUUGGUCCACAGACACAGAGCUUUCUGCCUCUGAAAUUUCCCCAAAUCUCCCAGGGCCCUUUGUGUGCCUUCAGUUUCCUAACAGCAGUCAUACUUCUAGUGGUAUGAGAGCUGAGGCAGCAAUUAUGAGAAAGUAUUUAUGCAUAAAAAUGUUUAUGUAUUGCACCCUGUUUAGCAAUGAAAGCUGAAAUCCAGGACUCCAGAAAACAGGAAUCGGAUGUAUCGGGGGGGUAUCCCACAUCCCUCUAUUAAAAACAAUCAGUCUUUGCUGAUAACAAUCCAAGACUCCUCCUUCAUCCAGGAUUUAUUCAUUCCCAUUCUUUCUCUCCUCGCAGAUGUGCAGUGCCUGUACGGCGGCAAUAACAAACCUGAGGAAAGAGCAUCUUCAGGCAGGUUUUUAGUCGGAUAUGAUGUGGAUGUGAACAGACAGAUACUGAUUUUGAUUUGAAGAUUUCCACUGGUUUCUGCCUUAAGCUUGACAAGGGUGAGGAGAGCUCAGGAGUGUUUUCUUUAAUUAUGGUUUGAAGUGAGUUUCCAGGUGAAAAUGAUUAUGCUAUGCAUUCAGACUCUGCCUAAUGCCUUUACAUAAGAAAAAAGACAAAAAAGAAAGACCUUGAUGCCUGUAGGAGUAGACUCUAGAUGUGUUUUAGAUGCUUGAUUGAUUCCGUUAGCAUCCUGGAUUCGUCCAUCAGCCAACCUGCUUUGCCGAGGACGCGGUGCAAGCAUCUUAAUAGGUUCAGUUCUGAGUGAGUGUGCAGAUGAGUGUUUGAUGUUCGUACCAAAUAUGCUGUACAGAAGACAGGAAUCUUAAGAGUCCUACUUUCAACAAGAGAAGCACACACAUGUAUUUUAGGCUAUGCAAAUUGUAACAACAGCAAAUGUGAGAUAUGAUGUUAUAUAUGAGAAAGGAGAUUAUAAAAUAGGUGUAAAGUCGCUUAUGAACUUCACAGAGAAAAAAAAACAACCUUCAGAUAGUGCGAGUAUCAUGUCACUAUGUAAACUAUUAGAAUGCCUUAACUCUUGUUUGAAAACCAGUUUUCAGUGUGUCUGUAUGCUGUUCUGGGUUGUUGUUAUUUUUCUAUGCGUAAGACAUAAGUUGGUAACUAUUAUUGUUAUUUUUGUUUGAUUUUUUUUUUUAGGGGGAAUUGUGGACUUUAAGGGUGGGGUGGGAGGGAAAAGAUGUUUUGGGCUUUUUUUGCAUAAAGCUGCUUCUGCAGUUUGAAAGACGCGAGUCUACAAAAAAACACAAAAUAAAACAAACAAAACAAGCAAAAAAACCCCAUAAAAUUAAAAAAAAAUUAAUAAAAAAACUAAAAAGAAGCAAAACCAGCAUUGACAGUAAACUCUGGCUGCUGCCCUCGUCUGUCAUAACCAAAGACCGAACAAUAUGUUCCCACUUUACAUAAUAGUAAAGCAACAGAGACUGUACAACUCUAUUUUUGAUACUUUGAAAUGGAUGUCAUUCCUAAAAAAGGUGGGGACAUGAGCGUCUCAUAUAAUAAUAAGGGAAAUACAGGUUUAGCUUAUGUUUACCAAGCCUUGUAUUGUCAUUUCUUGUAUAUUUUGUAUGUUUCAAUUUUUGUAAUUUUUAAGACUGCAGUGCUUUUUGAAAUUAUUCAAAGGGAAUAAUACCUUGCAUCAUACUGUAGACUCUAGUGUAUGUCAAUAAAACCAAAAGCUCAGCCAUG